AUGGCGUGGAAUCAUCUCCCCUCGGAGAUCUUUGACAUGAUUCUCCAAGGUGCCGAUCUCGAGACUAUCAAAAACGUGCGCCUGGUGAACAAGGUCACUGCGCAACGAUGCCUCUCCCCUCGAUUUCUCUCCUGCGCAUCGCAUAUUAAAACCGAUCUCACGGAGCAAAGCCUUUGGAAAGUAAUAGAACGUACAGCACAUCCUAUUUUCAGUCGUGCUGUACGCUAUCUAACCGUCUUGGCCGUCUGCUACGACCACCGGGGAAAACACGUUCUUUUCGAAAAGCACUUGACCACCAGAGGAUAUUGGAAUCCAUUGAAUUGGAGGCGCAGAUAUGGUCUGUUUUAUCAAACACCCCGAGCUACAUAUAAUCUCGAAUGGCUCCAGCAACAGCAGGCGAGCCGCGACGCUGUGUCCGAUCAAUUUAUUAUCCAAGUCCUUACUUCCGCGCUCGACUCUUUCAUCGAACUUAAGCAAAUCAACCUCCAGGCUCAGGUUAUGACCUCUCCUAAUGAGAGGUGGUCGCCCUAUACCGUGCUUGCACCGGUGAUACUGCCAUGGGCAUCCCAUGUCUGUUACUUGGUCUUGGCAGCCGUGGCGAAGGGUGAAUCGACCGUGCCGGAAAUCAAUAUAUAUACUGCGUAUGAGCGCGAUUCUAAACCUGCUAGAUUUCCCAGCCCAAACGAGGUUUACUGCGGUGUUUCUAUCGAGAAAUUGAGUCACUAUCUUGACAAGAUCAAUGACGGCGUCGAGGUUCGACUACCAUUUGGGUCCAUGAACGUUUGCCUCGCAACCGAGAGGCAAGCACAAUUCAAGCAGGAGCCAGGGUGGCUGCAGACAGGGUAUGCUUCUUUUUUAUCUGUAUUCUCAGGCUCGGUUGCGGGAGAGAGUCCCAGGGAUGAUCUCUCCGGCUUGAUGCGAUUGCUCAAAGCCACCCCUCAUCUUCAAGGCCUAAAAAUCGAGUUUGACCAUGAGGAUCUAGCAACCCGCAAUGAAUUCCGUGGGAUUUUCACCAGUGUGGCCAAUCAAGCAUCUUUCCGUCAAUUGAAGGAGUGCACAUUGAUCCGUCUUCCCAUCACACCUGCUGCGCUGCUCAGAUUUCUGGAGGCACAUCGCGACCUUAUAAAUCUCACCCUAAAAUACCUUUCUGUUUCAUCGGAUAGCUUGUGGGAUCCAAUUUUCCGCUUCGUAGGUGCCGAGAUGACGGAUCUCAGAUGGUGCACCAUUGACCAUCUCUAUCAUGGUGACGCUCGUAUCCCACUUGACCGGGAGAAUUUCUCGAAGAAUUAUUGCCCACGCCGCGCCUACCUUCCUGUUGAAUUCGCCAAUAAUGGCGGUCCAGAUGUUUACUUUAUCUUUUUGCCAAAUGACCAUAAUGUACCAAUGCCACCUUCCUGA